GGCUCCGGCGCGUGUCGAAGCGUCAGUAAGCUAGUAACAUGUUUGCUAAGCGAGUAAGCCAUGGUUAUCUCGGUUGGUGUUAAUUUCCUUAUUAAAAUGACGGCUCAGCGUGACAGCAACCCAACCUGAGCUUUUAAAGUAUAAUUUCAAUAUUUCUAUGAAUAUUUAUUAUUUUUUUUGCCGUGGACAUCACCUCUGCCAGUAGACACGUAAGCUCAUCUACUUGGAGUCCCUGUGAGAGCUCCUGGUGCCUGUCAGUGGGGGGUGGAAUGGAUCCUCUGGGUGCUCGCUCCCAGUUUGUGGAUAUCCAGACUCUCCCGGUGUGGCAACAGCAGCUAAGCGAGGACGCUAAGGAGACGCCGCAGGACCAGAGCGACGGCCUGCUCAGCCAGCAGGUUUUUCCCUCCCCCUUCCCCUUCAGACCGGACAUCAACCGCAAGAUCAUACUCUUCACCGGUGACGUUGCCCUGCUGAACUGCACCGCCAUUGUGAACACCAGCAACGAGUCGCUAACGGACAAAAACCCAGUGUCUGAUAGCAUCCACCUGCUGGCCGGGCCCGAGCUGCGGGAGGAGCUCGUGAAGCUUAAAGGAUGCCGGACCGGGGAGGCCAAACUGACCAAAGGCUUUAACCUGGCGGCGAGAUUCAUCGUCCACACUGUGGGGCCCAAGUACAAAGCCAAGUACAGGACGGCGGCGGAGAGCUCGCUGCACAGCUGCUACAGGAACGUCAUGCAGCUGGCAGCAGAACAGUCGAUGGCAUCUGUGGGCUUCUGUGUGGUGACCACCGCUAAAAGAGGGUAUCCACUGGAGGACGCUGCACACAUCGCUUUCAGAACGGUGCGCCGGUUCCUGGAGAAUCAUGGAAACAGCAUUGACACAGUGGUGUUCGCAGUGUCGGACACAGAGGAGCCUAUGUACAAGAAGCUGCUCCCGCUGUACUACCCUCGCUCCGAGGAAGAGGAGAAGGCCUCCCUGCCUCUCAUCCCGGCUGACAUUGGCAACUCUGAGGGAGAACCGGUGGUUCCAGAGAGACAGAUCCGCAUCGCGGAGAAACCGGGCAACCUGGAAGAUGAGUGUGCAGAGGAGAGCCUAGAACUGGAUCUGGGUCAGGUGGGGAAUCACGCCUUUGCUCGGAUGGAGGGCGACGUGGACAAGCAGAGGAAGCUGAUCUUGCAGGGCCAGUUGUCUGAGGCAGCCAUGCAGAAACAGCAUCAGAGAAACUACAGCCGCUGGCUGUGUCGAGCGAGAGCGGAGGAUCUGUCAGACAUCGCUGCACUGAAAGCCUUAUAUCAGACCGGGAUGGAUAUCUGCGGCAGGACGGUGAUGGUUGUGGUUGGACGAAACAUCCCAGUGACCCUCAUUGACCUGGAAAAGGCAUUGCUGUACUUCAUCCAUGUGAUGGAUCACAUCACAGUGAAGGAAUAUGUGAUUGUUUACUUCCACACACUGACCGGAGAGCACAACCAUCUGGACUCAGAGUUCCUCAAAAACCUCUACGACAUCGUCGACAACAAGUAUAAAAAGAAUCUGAAGGCCUUUUAUUUUGUACACCCAACGUUUCGAUCAAAGGUCUCCACUUGGUUCUUCACCACCUUUAGCGUGUCCGGCUUAAAGGAGAAGGUCCGUUACCUGGACAACCUGCAGCAGCUCUUUACCUGCAUCAAACCCGAGCAGAUCGACAUUCCUCCAUUCGUCCUGGAGUACGACGCACGGGUAAAUGGACCGAACCAUCCCAACGAGGCUUCUGGUCUGUGACAGGAGACCUUCUGGACCUGUUUGCUUGGCCUACGCAGUGAAUUCAGCCCGUUAAGUGGAAGUCAUUAAUGAACAUCAAGCUGCCUGAGUGGUCUGAACUCAUGAACUCCGUCAGGCUCUGAACAGCAGCGGGGAAAUCUCGCUGUUAAUGUGUUCCUGCCAAAAGUGUAUGAAAAGAGGAGUCUCAGGUCAGAAUUAUGACAAUGAUGUACUGACUGACCGUCUGAGUUUCUGGAUUAUUGCUCCCAGAAAGCCUUUUUUUCUUUUUCUUUUUUUCUUUUUAAAUGCAUUUUCUUCAAAGCGAAUAAAGAGUCAAGUUACAAAACCUCCGACUCGCCCUCAAAUCAAAUCACACCAUGCUGGAGAGACACUGGAAGAAAGGAGGAACCCACUGCUAAGUGGGCAGCAGACUGCCAGCUCUAGGUUUCACUCACACAGACGCUCCAAACUUCAGCCCAGUUCAUCACUAUAGCAGCCAGGGGAGCUUAUUCUGUGGGGCAGGCUGUAAUAGAACAAUAACAUGUCACAUCUUUAACACUCAUUUACGUGUCUGGGGUUAAAUACAGGUCCCAAUAUCUUUAAUGUAUUGUUGAACGCGCUGACAGUGUUUUGAAAGGGUAUCCGGUCUACAGCUGCUGAGGGUUAACCUAUGAGCUGCUCCGUUUCCGUCUUGGCCUCAUGCUGCAACUGAAAGGCAGCAGGCGACGCGUGUGCAUCUGUCAGCGUUUAGAAUGAAGCAAGUCAAUAAAUACAAGUUUACUCUGCAAGGUUUUCAUUUAUGCACUUUGCAAGAGGUUCAAUUUGUAGCAUUUCGUGAAUGAUAUGGAAAAAGGAGAAGUCUUGUCCCUUUCACAGAAAUUAGCGUGCGUAUUUUGACUAUCUCUUGAAAUCUUAAGCCCUAAAUCUUCCAAAUGUGGAAGAGCCAUAAAUCCUAAACGAGGUUUUUCCUGAUGGACACUGCUUUCCUAUUUUAGAUUCAGCCUCUCUGAUCACAUUGUUCACAUUUUCCUUUUUGGAUCUCUGCAUUGAGUUUGCAUGUUCUCUCUUUGCAUGCGUUGAUUCUCUUCAGGUACUCUUGGUUCCUCUCAGUUCAAAAACAUGAUUGUCUCUUAGCAGGUGUAGGAUGGAUUUGCUUGGAAGUAUAAAACAUGAGGCAGUAAAUAUGUACUACAGGUUGAUUGAUAGAGGUGGUAGGUUUGAAUCCAGCAGAAAAGAACUAAUGGUGGUCCAUAGAUCCCCAUUUAUGCAUGAAAGCAUUAGCCCCCUAGGCUAAUGCUUUCAUGAAAGUCUCUUGUGUUUAGCAGCUGCUAACGGGUGCAUUUAGCUCAAUAAGUGACCAGCUCCCCACCCUGGCUGAUGAAAAGAAUUCACACAGCAUAAUGCUGCCACCACCAUGUUUCAUAGGGGGAAUUGUGUGUUUCCAGCACACACAGCAUUUUGCAUAAAGGCCAAAAAGGUUGAUUUUGGUUCAGUUUGGCUAAGGGGGGAAAAAAAGGAUGCUCCUGUAUUUUGUUUUUAAAUACUGUCUAUAUCCUGUAAAAUGAAUCAGUUUUGUGAAAUAAACCCUCCUAAAUGUACUUAUUUAUUAAAAAAACAAGUUUUCAUCUAAACUUUCUUGAUUUGCCCACCAUCCACAGCCCUUGUUUUAAAAUGGAGAGUUGCUUUUCCAGUCAGAUUUAAUUGCUUCCCAAUUGUUUCAAAAAGUAAAAAAGUCAUUAAAUAUUGAUUUCUCUUGAUUUAAGGAUUAGUCAGUUCAAAUCCUCAUAUUACAAAUCCAUUUUAAUUUCUUUGGUGGACAAAGUUUAGAUUUUGUGAAGAGAGGUUUUGUAAAUGGAUCGACAGUCACACGGACGAUCUUCGGCUGUUAAAACGGUGACAGACUAGACCUGUAGAAACCUGCUCAUACAUCAUCUUGUGCCACCUAUACCAGCAUUUUCAGUUUGUUUUAAAUAAAUAAAAGGGGCUUAAACAGGUAAUCAGUUCUACUGGCUGCUACCUCUCUGUAGUAAAACUGUCUCAGUGAAUAAUGUCUGCUGGAGCAAAAGCUGCUCCUGUGGGCUGAUGCCACCUGCAUCAUGUCUUCACUCCACCAUCAGCCAUAUUCACCAGCUACAUCCUCUCUAGGACAGGCAUGAGCUCCGGGAACCUCUUGGGGUAAUUGUGCCGCUCUGUAGACAUCCUGAUUUUUAGCAUGAAAUGAAGCUCAGAAAUUCAGACAGAGAUUGUUCUUUUUUUCACUGCUGUAUUGAGUUAAGAGGCUUUAGUCGCAGUUCCCCCAUUUGAUUUUAGGCAUUCAUCAGAAGGAAAAGUGCCAACGUACUCGUUUAAGAACUUAGGUUUUAUUAAGACCAAAUCCUAUCAGGACAUAAAAUCAACUGUGUUAAGAGUACUGAGGAGAGCUGCAGGUGCUGGACAGAUUCAAGAGCAGGGUUCCCAAACUUUUCAUCCUGCUGUUAACCCCCAAAAUAUAGCAUUUUGAGUUUUCCUUUGUUUUUUUUUUCUUACAAAAAUGCAGCCUUCCCCCUGUGUUAAAAUGACACGUGUGGAGCAUGUUAUGUUAUACUUUGGUAUCGGUUUAAUAAAGAAGGAAAGCUCUUUUUAGCACAUCAGCAUCAAAUCAUCUCAUGACCCCCUGGGUGGGGGUCGCGACCCCAAUUCGGGAGCCCAUGUUUAGAGCACCAACUAAGGAAGGUCUGUUUUUACAAGCAUAGACCCCGAAAAACUUGUAAAAACUGAUUUAUUUAUUUUUAUUUUUUUCCAGAAUGUAUUUAACUGAGCCAAAUUUUGACUUGAUGGAAACGUGUCUUUGUUUUAUAAAUAUAUCUGUAAUUUCAAGAUUACAGAUUCUGGCUGUCCAAAGCUUUCAGGGUGUGAAAGGUAGUGUCUUUUUCUUCUGUUUGGGUCCUUUUUUUAUUUUCUGAUUAAAACGCCUGUCUUUCACCAAA